CGUCCGCAUCCGGUUUUGACAAUCAAGUGGCCACACCCAAUUUUCCAACAGCUCUUGUCUCAAAUUUCACUCCAAACACAGUGUCAAUGAAUCCGACCUUUUUCGGACAGCCAACCCAACCGGUCGGUUGGACCGUGUCCACCGGCAGCACCCAGCAUUGGCCUUCCGCAGACGAGCAAUAUUCCAACUCGUCCAGCGGUUCGCUCGAGGUGCCGGAACGUCCUCCGGCCGCGCUAACCUUGCCCAUCCAGAAGCUACAGGACAUGAUCGACCUGGAGCAUUCCAUUUCGUCUAUGCAGCAGUACGAGUGCCUGCUUUGUCAUUUGCAGGUGCUGACCAUCCGCCACCAUGGCAACGAGAGUGAAAUGUUCCGGCACUUUAUCGCUGAUUCCGUGCUGAGCCGGGUCGGUUUUUCCCGGCUUAAAAGUGGCAAGUAUGAUUGCACUAUGCGGGACAACUUUCCACGAAUUAUGUCGGCGAUUAAGAGUGCUUGGUUCCCGGCCAGGGACCGCAACUCGUUCGAGGCCCAGCUGUUGUUGCUGCUCAAGAAUGCUCACACUCGCCACAAGAGCAACACCCACAGGAAUCCCCUCGGAGAUAUUCAGAACCAACCCGGCCGGAUCUCGGACGCUCCCGCGCAGCAACAGCAGCCGAAAAUGCACACCCAACCCAACGGCCAUGAGCUGAUGAACCAAUGGUAUCAGUACGCGAUCUACUACCGCGAUCGAUACCAAAUUACGAAAAAGGAGAACCAGAAGCUGAAGGCUAAUUGCGAGGUGUCCCGGCGACGCGUUUCGCGCUGCCUGCGCAAGAUGAACCGGCUGCGGCAGCACGUGGACGUGCUCGAGCAACGGAUCGAUGAAAUUGAUGGUUGAGACAGGUUUGAAGGGUGUACUGAGGCUGUAAGAUCUUUUAUAAAAUUGAUUAAUUCCUUGCGAUAUGCUGUAAGUGUGCGAAAAUAAUUUUAAUUUUUCUUUCUUGUGAUUGAGUCCUUCUCAUAGCAUUGACG